CGGAUUAUCCAUUGGUGAAGUGUGACAGCGGUUAACAUCAAUUCCAGGGCUUUAUCGUCAAAAAGGCGUAAUAAUGCGCCAGUCAUAAUAAGUACAUGGACAUAAUAACUAUAAAAAUUAGUAGACCGAUCUCACUUAAUUAAUUUUAUUUCAUUAUAGUUCGAACGGGAUCUUUUUCAAGUGGUACAAAAUCCCGUUUAGAGCAUGUCCAUUUGAUAGCGAAGAGCAUUAAAGGGGAGUUCAGACGAUGGAAUUCAAUUUUCAAAGAAACUCACCGUGGUUUACAUAGGUGUCCUCCUCAAACUAUUCCAGUAGCGGCAUCAUCGCUUGAGUGUACAACGAGUCUGAUUUCAGCCUAUUUAGCCAUCGCACCGAGAUUACCUCAGGAUUAGUCAAAAUGGAAUUAAUAAAUGUGCACUGGGUUUUGCUAUCAUUAAUUCUGAGUGGAUCUACUGAUGGGGCAUCAGAAACUAAAAUGGAACCCAGCACAGAACCCUCUCUCAACCCUUUACUGACCCAAAUAGAGGGGAACAGGCAAAACCUGGCAGACGAUCAAAAAAAAUGCAUUGAAAAAAUCAACAGGGGUCAGCCCCACAACAGAACAGGUCCAUACUGUAAUCGGACAUGGGAUGGAUGGUUCUGUUGGGACGACACUCCAGCAGGGACCUUCGCUAGUCAGAACUGCCCAGACUAUGCCAGAUCAGACCCUACUGAGAAAGUGACAAAGUAUUGUGAUGAAGCAGGUAAUUGGUUUCAACAUUCAGCCAUUAACAUAACCUGGUCCAACUGUAUUGUCUUCAGCAAGGAUAAAUUAAAGACAGUGACUCGCAGUUCUUCUGAAGCCGUUGCUGGACCUACAAUUGAAGCGCUUGUCAGUCCUGUUGUCACACAGAAAGCAGAGGAAAGGAAAAAGAUUAUUGAUGGUCAAUAUAAAUGUUUUGAAAAAAUGAACAGAGAUCGGCCUUACAACAAAACAGGUCCGUACUGUAAUCGUACCUGGGAUGGAUGGUUGUGCUGGGAUGACACUCCAGGAGGGACAUACACGUCUCAGAAUUGCCCCAAUUAUUUUCCAGAUUUUGACUCCACAGAAAAAGUCACAAAAUAUUGUGAUGAAUCAGGUAAUUGGUUCCGACACCCUGAGACCAACAGGACUUGGUCCAACUACACACUCUGUACUGCCUAUACACCAGACAAAUUAAAGAUGGCGUACAUCCUGUACUAUAUGGCCAUUGCAGGCCAUGCUUUGUCCAUCGCAUUCCUGUUGAUUUCUCUGGCAAUAUUCUUUUACUUCAGGAGCCUGAGUUGUCAGAGGAUUACACUGCAUAAGAAUUUGUUUUGCUCCUAUGUACUGAACUCCGCUUUCACCAUUGUGAACCUCGUUGCCGUUGUGAACAACCCCACACUUGUGCAAAAAAACCCUGUUGGCUGUAAAGUUCUUCACUUCUUUCACAUGUACAUGCUGGGUUGCAACUACUUCUGGAUGCUGUGUGAGGGGAUUUACCUGCACACGCUCAUUGUGGUGGCUGUGUUCGCUGAGGAGCAGCACCUGCACUGGUAUUACCUCCUGGGUUGGGGGUUCCCUUUGGUGCCUGCAUCAAUCCAUGCAGUUGCAAGGAAAAAGUAUUUUGAUGACAACUGCUGGAUGAGUGUGGAUACCCAAUUGCUCUACAUUGUCCAUGGACCUAUAAUGGCAGCUUUAUUAGUAAAUCUAUUUUUCCUGCUAAACAUUGUGAGGGUGCUGGUGACCAAGCUUCGGGACACGCACCGGGCAGAGUCCAACAUGUAUAUGAAAGCUGUCCGAGCCACACUCAUCCUCAUUCCCUUACUGGGAAUCCAGUUCAUCAUUCUGCCAUGGCGACCAGAAAAUAGGCUUAUCGGAGAAAUAUAUGAUAUAACAAUGCAUAUGUUAAUGCAUUAUCAGGGCUUGCUGGUGGCAACUAUAUUUUGCUUUUUCAAUGGAGAGGUGCAGUCGGCUCUCAAGAGGCAAUGGAUGCAGUACAAAACACAGUGGGGCCAGCGCAGGCGGGAGCACUGCUCCAUGCGCUCCACCUCCUACACUGCUACAUCCAUCACAGAGGACCCCACCUUCCUCUACCACCACGACUGCAACAGUGAACACUUAAACGGGAAAUAUUCAGACGACUCGGAAGUGGUCGCACUAAAGGCAGAAGAGACGUAUGCCUGAAGGCAAAAUAAUUGUGAGCACUGCAAAGCAAAUGCAGGAGAUUUGUGUUUCUUUUUUUCAAUGGAAAACAAAAACAAAAACAAAAAAUGUCAACACAGAAUCUCCAAGGCCCCACAGCAGAUAUUCAGCGGACUGGCUCUACAACCAAGUUGUAAUGUUAAUUGUUUGCUGGCAAUGAAAGUUUUCCUUUUGGCGAGAGCUAAUAGCGGUAUUACUUUUAUCACAGUGCUGCUUUUUUUUUUUUCUUUAAGUAGAAGCCAAGUUUUUUUUAUUUUUAUGUGGUAUAUAUUAAAGCUGCUAUUUCUAGGCCAUAGCAGGCUGAAGAUGAUCAUGUACUAGUAUUGUGGCCGUGAUACCAAAGGGUGUGUUGGGUGGCCCGACUGAGACAUUCUGUCAGAACUGAGCCAAACCCCAAAAGUAAUCUGAAGGUAACAGACUAUACUGUGUGUCUCCAGGACAGUUAAGAAAUGUCCCUUGGUGCCUAAACUCUUGAGUUGUGUACAUAUUUACUAGUUUUGAGUGCUAAAGUGUAUUACUGGUUGUAGGCCUCUAAUCUCUGAUCUGAAUAGCUGUUGCCUGUUCUGUAAUUAUUCCUACUGCUUUACUAUUUGCACAGCUGUGUAUGUGGUGGUUCUGUCACAUGGGGACUGCACAAAAACAGAAAGAAGGCACAUCGAGGAAGGACUGAAUAUAAUUGAUUAAUUAGAAUAAAGCUUUUCAUAUCUGAAUAAGUGAAAUAACAGCGAUGAUUUAAGGGUGGUUUUUAUGUAGAAUAGGCCUUUGUUUACAGUUUUUGGUCACUAAUUCAAGAUGCUGCUUCUGUAGAACAAUCUUAGAAAUGGUUUGUUGUGUUAUUUUGAUGGGCAGAUGCCUAUGUUUUCAUUAGUAUUUAUUAUUCUCGUAUGUUUGCACUCAAGCUCAAAAUAAAGUAACUUUACAUAGA